GGUUCGCGCACUAGCAUCAGCACCUCGCUGCAACUGAACAGCGACCAUAUAAAGCACAUGUCUGCGUUGAGAUGUUGUGCUGCCUUUUAUUGGGAAAAUAUAUUUUUUAAAACCACACUGCAUGUGCGCGAGGAUUUUGUGUUUUACGCUUAUUAGCGUCAUCUUUGUGUUCUCCAAACCUCUGACGUGCCCAGGGUUUCCUCGCUAAGGGAUGGCAACACACAAAGGAAAUACACAAAAUUAGCCACAAAAUGAUGCCCGUGAGGGGCACUGCUUUUUAAAAGCUGCACGAGCGACAUAAAGUUUGCAUUGUAAACCGCAAAUCGUUCCAACUGUAUGUCGCUUUACCGACCGGGCGCAUAUUUUCGAAAGAAGCCGCAUCAACAAAAUGUUGGGUAGGUCGUUCACCUGGAGUAAACAUAACCGACAUACACUCUUCAUGCAGCACCGACUCCCUCAGCACUGACAUGCCCGCGCCCAGCAGAAAACCCGGGAUCAAAGGGCUCAGAGAUACAGCCGGACGCGUGAAUUGGAAGGAGGAAGGGAAGCAGGCUCGCACCGGGUGUCCGAUUCGGUGGAGGCCGGAUCACAUCUGCUGGGGACGAGCAUCAAGGGCAGUGCGGCACUCCGGCGCUUCAGGAACAGGCGAAACGGAUCAUCGAUACACCCUUCAUUUCAAAACACCUCCGGGGUUCUGCUUCAGCUCUUCGUUUGUCUCAAAGAUGCACCGAAACCACACUCUACCACUGGAGCUUUAAUUACAACAUGUGUUUUAUAUCAGACAUUAUUUUUUUACUUUAAUGCAGAGGAUAUUUUGAGCACGAAAUGAAGACGAGGAUCUGACAACAUUUCAGGGGUCGUUAAAAGGGCCAAUGCAUAUAUUGCUCAAAUACAUCCUCAUUUUUCCGUCGCUGGCCACAUUGACACCCCUAAUAAGCAGGACCAUGGGUUGCAUUCAGAGCAUCGCCUGCAAGCCCCGCAUCCGACGGGAGAACAUAGUGGUCUAUGAGGUGUCAGCCUCCAUUGACCAAUGCCCGACCGUCAUUGAAGAGAAUUCGCCCAUUGUGUUGCGAUACAAGACCCCUUACUUCAGAGCAUCGGCUGGGAUUGUGAUGCCCCCCGUUCCCAGAAACGAAACAUGGACCGUGGGAUGGAUUCAGGCGUGCACCCAAAUGGAGUUCUUCAAUACGUAUGGUGAUAUUGGCAUGUCCAGCUGGGAGCUCCCAGAGCUUCGUGAAGGACGGGUAAAGGCGAUCAGCGAUUCGGAUGGCGUCAGUUACCCCUGGUAUGGUAAUACUACCGAAACAGUGACCCUCUCAGGCCCCACGUCCAAACCCUCCCGGCUAACAGUGAGCAUGAACGACAACUUCUACCCUAGCGUGACAUGGGCUGUGCCCAUCAGCAACAGCAACACCCCCAUGCUCACGCACAUCACUCGGGACCAGAGCUUCAUCACUUGGCUGGUGGCGCUUAAUGCAGACACCAAAGAGCGGAUCGUUCUUCAAACGGUACGCUGGCGUAUGCGGGUGGACAUUGAAGUGGACCCGUCCAUGCCUCUGGGCUCCCGUGCCAAACUCAUGGGCCGGCCGCACCAGGAACAACCGCACAUUCUUAGCAACAACGAACCCAUACCGCCCAACGCGCUGGGCAGGCCGAAUGCCAACGAUGCCCAGGUGCUAAUGUGGCGGCCCCGGAGAGGACAACCACUGGUUGUUAUACCACCAAAAUAGUGUUAACAGUGCCUACAGAACAAUGACACCUCAUAUGUUGAUGACUGCAUGCACUGUUUGGACACAGAAGCGCUGGAUUAUGGGAAAUCACACCCUUUGGAUGAAGGUGUCUUGCGGAUUGCCGGUUUUUGAAUUCGUCAAAGCUAGACCGUCAAAUGAGGAAUUUUAUGUAUGCACAAUGAACUGCCUUUAAGGAUAGCUGCUAUGUAAUGCAUGAACGAGAUUGAAUGUUAUGUCCCAUGACACAAAGUGAAUCCAGUUGCAUAAAAAGUACCAAGAGUGGUCCAGCAGGAAAUCUCACACUUGCUUUGUAGGACAACCAGCAAAAUUUUUAAAAUCCACACAUCAGACUUGAAAUAACAAAUGCUAGCAAAUAUCUUUUACAUGCUUUAAGACAGAAAAAAGACCACAGGGUGCAUGAAGAAAUUCACCCGCUGAGGUGGAGCGUAUGUAAUGUUAGUGGAUGCAGUGAGACUGUGCAGGUACAACAUGUUCAUUCAAUCAGAUUCAUCCUGACACAAGGAAGUUGAAGGAAGUUUGUUUAUACUCGCACACGUGUCCGUUUGAGUUUACGCAGUGGGUGCUGCACCACAGGCAUUCAACAGAUUAAUCACAUGUCAUACGCACUCCAUCUGUGCCAUUCUCCAUGUCCUCCCGUCUCUCUGAUCUUUCAAGCUGUCUCACUCUCUUCUCACCCACUGAGACUCCUUGGGUAAUUAUGAAACAGAUGAGACUGAGUUUCCAUCACAAAUGUCAGGAUUACUUUGAACCUCUGAAGUCGGUUGUGUUUAGGGCUAAAAUGAAAGUUUCUUUUAAAUUGGCCGUUGGUGUGACCCAUAGUUUGACUUUCAGGACAAAGGUCCAUUGCUUACGAAACGUAAAUAAAAGCAUGUGUCACUAAAAUGACAUGGAAGUUGAAUUCUCAAUAAUGGAACUACAAUCAAUGUGCAUUCACAAGAUAUAUGAACAUUUACAUAUAUACGCAUAUGUCUGUUGACAGUCAGUUGUUUACAAAGGCCUAUGAAAGAUAAAUGAAAAAUCACAUUUUCUUUAAAAAAAGACUUGAAUCUUUUCCUUUUUGCCCAGUGGAGGAACCUACUGAACAAAACAUGGAAACAGUAGAAAUGUGUGGCUGUAGCUUACAUAAAUUCUGAACACCCUGUUUGCCGAAUCUAACAUUUCCUUAAUAGUUUCAUUCAUUAUUUGCAUGCUUAUAAGUUUGUGAACUGUACUGUUUUAUUAUAUAUUGAAUUUGACUGGUUUACAAAAGAAAAUAAUCUAUCCAGACUGGACAUCAAUGGAACUGACGACUAAAUCUAUCAUAGCUUUUCUUUAUAUCCCUGUCACUUCACUCUCAAAGAAAACACUAUGGACUAUUUCAUUGGAAGGUGAUAUGCAUGCAGUAUAUCUAAAGCCUGGAACUCUGAUCCGGUUGAAGGUAGAAUAAUCAAUCAUAUGAGGUUCCCCCUCCCCCCUAUUAUGAUAAAUUCAUCACCUCAUCUACCUCUUUCUUGACCUGUUUUCAUUUCAUCUUCUGUGAAAGCCAUAUAUUCAUUUAAAUAAAGAUAUUGUGAAAAAGUAUGUUAACCCAUUAUGUAAAAACUAUUGCAUGAGCACCAGUACAGACUGUGUGGUUUGAAAAGCAAUUAUUUCUUGGAACAUAACUAGAAUGAUAUGUUAAAAAUCGGAGAAAUGCCACCCAAAGGGUUUCAAACAUAUCACAAGUUCUAUCGCAGACAUAAAUCUUACUGUGGUUAAGAUUUUGUCAUGUUAAUACGCUUUCGCACUGCAAAACAAGUCUAUGCAAUGAAAGACACGGAGUUUACUGUGAAACAGCAGACAGUUUCAUAGCAUUGCGUUAUGGGCAGGGAAAGACACUACAGUUAAGAGGAAAAAGCCUUUUUUGUGCAUGCAGAUCAUUUUUUGCAUAACCGAACUGUGAUGCAACAUACAUUUCCGUUGAAACCCCCAGAUUACAGAAAAAAG